AGUGCUUUUAAUGCAUUACUUUGGGGGAAAGUCAGUGUUACUAUCUUGCUUUUUUCUAGUGCUUUAUAAUGGUUUAAAAAUAUUUCUCAACUAGUUGGAUUUUAUAGCAUGAGGAUGUGUAUUGUAGUUGAUGUUUGAUUAUUUCGUCAAGAAAACAUGUUGGCAAAGCUGAUAGAACGAGAAAAGACGCAAUGUCUUACGAAAGAUGGGAGCAAGAUCCAGGACCGAGUAGCCGGCAUGUUCGCCGAAGGCUACGGUUAUAAUGAUUCAAACGGACUCUCGGUCGGGAUAGAGCAAGCAACGAUCCUGUGCGGGGGUUUGUGCGCCGUUGCGCCUACUGCUGCAAUUGAAACAUGUCGAAAAUUCCGAUCUGAUUUACCCUUGGUUGUUGUUCGAGAAGGUGACGGGAGCGGUCGGUGCAUGAGGUGCCGGGGAGGUCGUGGUGGUGUUGCAGACAAAUCUGCUAAGCAGUAUUUUGUUAGGUCCAGCAUCUGUGGGUUUCCGAUUGAAUCACGAAAAAGAGCACGACAAAAUAGUAGCACUCUCCCUGAUGUCACCAGGAUAGAUGUAGAAGCCUGGGCAAGAUCUCUAGAACUGAGAAGCGCCGCUACUUCUUCCUCUUCUUCGGCCAGUAGUAGCACUACAACUACAACUACAACUACAAAGUGUGUUUUUGGGAACGGGGAGCGCCAGCGGUCAAAGACGCUCCCAUAUGCAAAGCUGUUCAUUCCGACGAUGUUGCGGAACAAUCGCGUAGGGGAGUUUUUCAGUAAGCAAGACCUUCAUGAAUUGCAAGCAUUGGAUGCUGAGUUGAAGGAACGGGAUGCGUGCGCUCUAUUCGUUCCUAUUGGAGACACCGGAGGUCUGGCGGAAAUACUUGAUGCCUGUAUGACCGUACUUCUUAGCCCUGGCCUGGACAGAAUCGUUUGCUUUGGAUGCCGGUGCUUUAUGCACCAAGUGGGCACUGCAGAGGAGGAGCUGAUUGAAGAACUACUACGCUUGUGUGGAAUAAGCAAGAAGCGCUGGGAAAAGCGAUCAUAUUUGCAGGCCCUUUUUUUAAUUUGA